AUGAGCUUCAAGUCCAUGUUGACUGAUCCAUCUAAUCGAUUAUCAUCAUGGAAAGGUGAAGACUGUUGCAUUUGGAAAGGGAUCAAAUGCUCGAGUGAAGGUCGUGUUGUUGUUAUUAAUCUUCGGAAUGUUAAUCCAGAGGAAGUUACAAUCAAUAGCAAUAAGGAAGUUGUUUCAAGUUCUAACAACAUAUCUGAUUUUUCCCUCAAAGGGACUAUAUCUCCUUUGUUAUUUACUCUUGAUGAUCUGCAAUAUCUCGACUUGAGUUUCAACAACUUCAUGUAUUCAAAGUUACCUGUUGAGAUAUCAAACUUAACAAAGUUGACAUAUCUCAAUCUGUCAAAUGCUAUGUUUCAAGAUUCCAUCACUACACAAUUCUCAAACCUUACAUCUCUUAGGUAUCUUGAUCUUUCGUGUGCUGAUUCAGUACUCGAUUUUUCUUCUAUUACUAUUAGAUUGACGUUACCACCAAAGUUGGAUUUUGACUCAUUGUUAUCUUUUAUGAGCUAUGGUUAUUUGUCUAGUCCAAAUCUAAGGUGGUUAGAAGGACUUCGUCGUCUUAGAUAUCUUGUAUUGACUGGUGUUGAUCUAUCGAAGGCCUCGGAAUCAUUUCAUUGGGCUAAACCAAUAUCAGGUCUUUCAAAUCUCAUGUCACUUCAAUUGUCUAGCUGCAACAUUUCAGGAAGAGUUCCAAUAGAACAAUUGCUUAACCUUACUAGUCUUUCUACUCUAGAUAUGCGUUCUAACGUUCUAACAUCCACGAUACCUGAUAUGAUAUCGAAUCUCACAACCCUCUCAGUUGUUAAUUUUCGUGGCAACAAUUUAGAUGGUCAUAUCCCUUACCUUCCUCAACUCGAAAGACUUUCUAUUUCUAGCAAUCCUGCUAUGACCAUAGAUCUUGUUUCAAUGUUUUCAGCCCCAUGGCCAAAGUUGACACUUCUUGACAUAAGCUUCACUCGGGUAGUUGGACCGAUUCCUCCUUCUUUAAGCAACUCAACAUUAUUAUCCUAUUUCCGAGCUGAUGGAUGCUCGAUCCAAGGGUCGAUACCUUCUUCCAUUACAAAACUUCAGAAAUUAAGUAUCUUGAUGCUCAAUAACAAUGAUAUCACAGGUCAACUUCCUGUUUCCAUGUCCAGUUUAGUAAGCCUUCAAUACUUAUCUUUGUUCCAGAAUAGAUUACAAGGUUAUAUUCCAAAUUCCAUUUGUCAAAUCCCCUCCCUGGAGUACCUGAAUUUACAAUGGAACGAUCUAACAGGACGUCUUCCCUCGUGCAUACUUCAGCUUCCUAAGCUUUCACUUCUUUAUGUUCAGAUGAAUAACCUUAAUGGUAAUAUGCCACUGUCAAUGCUCCAGAAGUCUAGAUUGGACUUUAUCAGUUUCGGAGUUAGUGGAUUGUCCGUGGAACUCGAUGAUCAAAUUCAAUCCUUUGUACAAACUUUCCAGCCCACAGUUUUGGAAUUUACAUCUUGCAACAUGAGAGGAGAAAUCCCGGAGUUCUUUUCAAAUCUGACGAGCCUCGAGAUUUUGAUUUUGGCUAAUAACAGUCUAUCAGGAGCCAUACCAUACUGGUUGUUCAAUCUCCCAUCCCUCUCUGUACUAGAUUUGUCAAUGAAUAAUUUCAAGGGAGUUAUACCUCCAAUUAUUCAGAUGAAAUCUUCUCGUUUUACAACACUAGUAAAUUUAGCCAGAAACAAACUUCAAGGUCCUAUCCCUACUCAGCUCGAGAAUGUUAAUGUCAUCGAUUUGUCAUUUAACAAUUUCGCAGGCUCAAUUCCAACACAGAUGGGAGAAGUUCAUGGUAUCAGGUCCAUAUCAUUAUCAGGAAACAGAAUUCAUGGUCCAAUACCUGAAUCAUUUUGCCAAACGACUAACGUUCUCCAGGUUCUUGAUCUCUCUAAUAACAGCUUGUCAGGCAACAUUCGACGUAGUUUUGGGAACUGCAAAUCUCUCAUUUACCUUAGUCUUGGAAAAAACAAGCUCAGUGGAAGUGUUCCGAAAGAACUUGAACGUGUUACAAGCCUUCGUUACCUUGACCUGAAUGGAAAUGAGUUUGAAGGUUCUUUUCCAACAGUGAUUGAAAAGUUUCAAGAUUUGGAGAUUCUGAACUUGGCAGGUAAUAGAUUUGAAGGAAGGAUACCAAAGUUCAUCGGUGAGAUACACAGCCUCCGUAUACUCAUGCUUGCAUCAAACUCUUUCAAUGAGUCUAUACCGGAAGAGGUAAUGAAGUUGGAAAAUCUACAAUAUAUUGGUUUGUCCAGGAACAAUCUGUCCGGUACCAUUCCCCAGAAUCUUGAUGGCUUGAAAAUGAUGAUGAAAACACAAAACCAAACAACCAUCUUAGGUUACGUUUACUCCCUCAAGUUCACUGGUGCUCAGCUAGAAAUUGUCACCAAAGGACAGACACAUUUUCUUGUGUCAGUGUAUUCCUACAACAGUGGAUUCGACGUCUCAAACAAUGCUCUUACUGGUAAAAUUCCUGACAAAAUUGGACUUUUAAGUGGAAUACCAUUCCUGAAUCUCUCACAUAAUCAUCUUACCGGGGUUAUCCCAAUGACUAUUGAUGAAAUGAUUUCUCUCGAGUCGUUGGAUCUCAGCUAUAACCAAUUAACAGGUGAAAUUCCAGCGACAUUGGCACCCUUGGAUUUUCUUGCAUAUCUCAACUUGUCUUAUAACAAUUUGAGUGGACGGAUUCCAAAAAAUCCACAUUUUGACGCUUUGUAUCAAGACAGAUCAGCAUAUAUCGGAAACAAAUACUUAUGUGGUGCUCCUGAUGGGAUGAACUGCAGUAACAAUGGUCCCUCUAUCAUCAGUGACACUACAGAUGACGGAUACGAUCAAGAACAUGUCCUGUUUGUUUUAGUUAUAUUCUCGGGAUUUGUAACUGGAAUUGCUGGUGUAUUUCUGCUGUUACAUUUGAUAAAUGAGAAUUGGAGGAGCAGGUACUGGAGGGCAGUAGACAGAAUUGUGUUGAAAAUAGUGAACAGUAAACUAUGA